AUGUCGACAUUUACAGCCGUAGCUUUUGAUAGGCUGAUUGAACCUGGAGCAUCAAAUUAUACACUGCCAGCAGGGAGUUCUCUCGACUCAAAGCUCGAGUGGAGGCACAGCACUCCAAAUCCUAGCCAAGUCAAGGAAACUGUUGCCCCUACUUCAAAUUUAAGCAAAGGAGGUAUCAUUGUUCCUGUUCAUCCAAAGCUCAAUAACAGGAAAAAUGGAUCAUCAACUACAGCCACAUCAGCCGUGGAUAAAAAACACCGCUGGACACAAAUCUCGCCUGCACUUUAUGCAACCCCCGAGUCGACCCCACUUCCCGAUACACCGUCUUCAUUCCCCCCUUCGCCUUAUAUUAUUAACCACAAGCGACGGGGCCCACGGCUCGUGAAGAGCCUCUCGGAGGAUGAUGUUGUGACUUGUAAACAGAGUGCAGAUGAGAUCAAGGCAACCGAGAACGGGACUAAUGACAGUAUGAAGGUUUUAGGCUAUGCCAUGGAAAAUCAUUUGAAUGGUUCUUGUAAUAAUGGGAUCAUAAGUCAGGAUGUGGAAAAUGGUCAGGAAGGGGGAGUGGUGAAGUCUUUUUUUGAAUUCGGUUUGCAGCAAGAAGAUGGUGAGGCUGAUGAUGAUAAUUUUGUCGAUCCACAGGAGUCGAUGAGUGUUAAGAGCACCUGUGAAAGCGAGGGUAAUUGGGGUGCUGAACAGUCUUUGAAUUUGACGGUGCCGUUAACUGAGUUCUAUGAUGCUUGGGAAGAGUUAUCAUCAGAGAACGACAUUCAGCUCCAAAUACCUGAUCUGGAGACCGAACUGCGUGAAACAAGAUUGAGUUUGUUGAUGGAGAUAGAAAAGAGGAACCAAGCUGAAGAAGCUUUAUGCAAUAUGCGAAACCAAUGGCAGAGGAUCUGUGAAAAGCUAUCUCUAGUGGGGUUGACACUCCCUGUGGACCCUACUACUUUGUCUGAGGGUGAACAACAACUGGACGAUCCUGCAGAGGAGUUAUGUCAACAGGUCCACCUGGCCCGGUUUGUGUCGAAUGCAAUUGGGAGGGGAAUUGCAAAAGCUGAGGUCGAAUUGGAGAUGGAAGCUCAGUUAAAGAUGAAGAACUCUGAGAUUGCUCGUUUAUUGGAUAGGCUUCACUAUUAUGAAGCCAUGAACCAAGAAAUGUCCCAGAGGAACCAAGAAGUUGUGGAGACGGCAAGACGACUUAGGCAAAGAAGGAAGAGAAAACAGAAAUGGGUUUGGGGUUCUAUUGCUACUACAGUUACACUUGGUUCGGCCUUCUUAGCAUACUCUUACUUCUACACUGGGAAAACAUCAUCUUCCCAAAGCCUGCCUCAUAUUCAUACAUUCGACCGCGACACAAGUUAG